GGCUCUGAAAGAUCUGGGAAACCUGGGCACAUUCUAAAUCCUGCACUGUGUUAGCAGAUGCAGGCAUGGCUGAGGCCUGGUCGGUGUGAGUCCUAGGUCACGGGGUCAUCCUACCGAGCCCACAGGUCUGAAACCCGCAAACAGCUGUAAAAACAAGAUUUUGAAAAAUUUAAUGCAAAACUAUUUGGCAAAACAUCACCUGACAUGAAGAAGAGCUUUUUAAAGUCUUUUAAUUGUCCCAUUUGGUUUGAAUACACGUGCAUUCUGCUCCAUAAUUAUUACUGUUUAAUUAGGAAGUGUUUCUCCAGAUCAUUCUGUGGAUGUUUACAUAAUACAUGAUCUAUGCAGCAUAUUCAUUUACUAAAAUACAAAAUAGCUGGGACUGGAGUGAGACGUUACUUGCCUAUUUUCCAUCGACAAUGUAUUGCCUCUUUGUGUAUUCAAUACAUUUUUCUUUAAAAUCUGCUCGAUAGUCUCUUGACUAGAACGUGUUUAACACGUAUGUAGUUUAUUCAGCCAGUACUGACAACUGAUAUUUCUAAUGUUUCCGUUUUUCUGAAGUUUAAGCCAGUGCUUGAAGAGAACAUCUUUGAACAUACCUUGUUUUUUCCUUUUUGUUUUUGUAUAUAUGUGUAUCUUUGACUAUUCGUUCAAGUUAUGUGCGUGUUAAAAAACAAAAUUCAACUGAAUCAAUUUUAAAGAUCUUAUUGGCUUUAUUGAAUAAUUCAACAGGCAGCAUUCAAUCAAGCAGAAAGAAAGGAGCUCUGAGGAGCUGUACAAAUGAAAGGUUUUUAUGCAGAAGGCAAAUGGGAACAAGGAAGUUGUUAUAGGCAAAAGUUAUUUUGCCUAUAUUGCAAGGUUAUUGCAAGGUUGCUUUCCUUUAGGGGAUGGCCUGGUCUAUCCAGGCAGAUGACCUCACUCUUGCUGGUCAGGUGAUUCCUGAUUGACUGACUGGUUUAAGAUGCCAUUUCUGAGAAAGAUGAAACUGUAUUUGUCUUGGUUUGAUGACAUGGGGUUUAGCAUAAGUAACUUCUUUUUGGUCCUGUUUUGUUGUUUUUAUCGAGAAGUUUUUAAACUUAGUAUUAGAAUUACAAGGGCAAAGCAAAGGUUUUUCAAUUUUUGAUAUAGUUCAGCACUGCAUUGCUUUUAAAAGGUUUCUACUUCACAUCUACAGUGCUGCAAUAUCUACCUGCCAAAGCCAAAACCAGGGGAUUACUAGUUUUUUUCAAUCUUACUAGUACAGUAAGCAUACUAAAUAAAAGGGGCAGGUUUGUAAUUCUUAGAUUGUUAAUAAGUUUCUGUACUUUCCCACCACCGUUGCUUCUCUGGGACUUCAGUUUUCUGUUUCACUUUCUUAUCUUGUAGAUAUUUGUUUAGAGAUAAUGAUGUUUGACUAGUAAAUACUGGAAAUAUUCUUCCAGGUUUUGUUUAUAUUCAGUUUGUAUGUUUUAAAAGUCACUUAUUUUCUGGAUCUCUUUCACAAAUAGGCUUUUGUGGCAAGGGGAGCAGACAACGCCCCUCUACAAGAUGCCUCUUUGGAACAAGGAUUAUUUGGGGCAGAUUGUUUCUGAAAGACUGCUGUUGCUGGAGAAUCGCUGAAAACAGUGUAGAAGUUGCCCUUUUGUGAGGGAAAUUUACACUUAGAAAGGAACUCUCCAUUUGAAAGGAGUUUCUCUAAAGUUCUAGAAACUCUUUCUUAAUGGAGAAUGCACAACUUAAAUCUGCCUCACAACCUUUCCCUUGCUUCCUCUGCUUUGCCUGAUAACCUCCCAUAACUGCCUCUCCCUGCUUCAAUGUCUUUCUUUUGUCGUUAGCUGAAGAUGAUAUUUAAGGGGGUGGCUUAGGCCAUUUUGUUGAGUUACUCGGUUCUCCUGGGUCUCUCCCAAGUAUAGGGGAAGUAUGUGUUAUUAAACUUAGUUUUCUCAUUAGUCUGUCUUUUUAUUAUAGGGAUGUCUCAGCCAAGAACCUAGGAAGGUAGAGGGAAAAAUUAUAGUUUUUCUCUUACAGAGGAGCAAGAAUGAAAAAAGCAAACUAUAUUUGGUACAUGUGAAUUCUGAGCCAUCAUAAAUACCAUAUAUGUUUCAAGCCUCAACACUGAUGGGGGCUUCCUUAACUUGCAUCUUAUAAGACAAAAAUUUAUAGUGAUAUUAUUAUUCAUAUAUGCCUGAUUGUAAGAGUUUGGGAUUGUAGGGGAGGAAAACUACCCUUCUACCUUUCUACAUUCUGUGUCUAGUUUAAGAAUUAAAUGGACAUAAAAUGGACAAGAGAAAGAAACCACCUUAAUUCCAUUUUUUACAUGCAGGAAUUUCACAGAUUUGAGAAUCAAAAUGUGCCAGACAAUUGAGACUUUUACACUAUUCUGAGGAAGAAAUACCUUUUCAACCAAAGCGACUCAUGAUUUGAGGUAAACACGGUUCUCCUGACCAAGAAAGCAGCGUAGCUUGGCUUCAUUUUCUCCAAGCUUCCAAAAGCUGGAGGAGUAGUUGUCCAGCUAAGCUGUGACUGGCUGCAGUUUGUGGGAAGCGCUUGUCUUGGCAGCUGGAAUUAAAAGGUCUGAAGAUUCAGGACUUUGUAGGCUACCGGCAAAGUGAGGAUUGAGAUUUUAGGGUGUAUCCACUUUUCACGGCAGAACCCAACUUCCCGAAGAAACCUACCUCAGUCCAGUCUUUCAUUCAGGGCCCAAUGGAGGUCGAGGCAGCCCUGGCAGUACUCCAGGCAGAAGUCAACUGUCCCAUCUGUCUGGAUUAUCUGAGAGACCCUGUCACCAUCGAAUGUGGGCACAACUUCUGUCGUUCCUGCAUCCAGCAGUCCUGGGCUGAUGUACAGGACAGGUUCCCUUGCCCUGUGUGCCGUCACUCGUGCCAAGAGAGGCACUUGAGGAAUAACAGCCAGCUGGGAAGGAUGAUUGACAUCGCCAAGCUCCUGCAGAUCACCAGGAGCAAGAAGAAGAGGCAGGAAGAGAGGCGCUUGUGCGAGAAGCACAACCAGGUGCUGACCCUCUUCUGUGAGGAGGACCUAGAGGUGCUGUGUCCCCUGUGCUCUCAGCCCCCUGACCACCAGGGCCACCAGGUGAGGCCCAUGGAGGAGGCCGCCUAUCACCACAGGCAAAGGCUCAGCAGUUACGUCGAGCCCCUGAAGAAGCAGGUGGCAGAUGUUCAGAAAUUAAUAAGCAUUCAAAGCAAAAAACCCUUAGAACUGAAAGAGAAGGUAGAAAGCCAAAAGCAGGAAUUAUUCUCUGAAUUUGAGUGCCUGAAGCAGUUUUUAGAACGUGAUCAAGAAGCAGUUCUUUCAAGGCUAGCUGAUGAGGAAAAGUCUAUUCACAGGAAACUCAGCGCCAACAUAACCGCAUUUUCAGACUACAGUUCCACACUCAAAGGUCUACUGAGUAAGGUAGUCGAGAGCAGUGUGCUGCCCGAAGUGGAAUUGCUAUCACAAAUGAAAAAUUUCUACAAGAACUGUGAGGAGUUUAGCCCAUCCAUCUUUUCAGUUCAGUUAAGGAGAGAGGGCUGCAGUUUUCCUUUCCAGUAUUCUGCUUUGCAGAAAAUUAUAAAGAAAUUUAGAAUAGAUGUAAUUCUCGACCCUGAAACAGCACACCCUAACUUGAUUGUCUCUGAGGAUAAGAAAUGUGUGAGAUUUACCAAGAGAAAACAAAACGUUCCUGAAUGUCCGAAAAGAUUUAUAGUCAACACAGUUGUCCUGGGUUUUCCGUCUUUUCAUUCCGGCAGGCAUUUCUGGGAGGUAGACGUGGGAGACAAAUCCAAAUGGGCUGUCGGGGUUUGCAAAGACUCUCUUUCCACGAGGGCGAGGAGAAGCCCAUCGCCCUGGCAGGGAUGCUGGAGGAUACGGCGGCAGGACGAUAGCUAUGAUGUCCCGGGAGCUUGUACAGCCAAUCUGCUGUCACAAGUGAAACCCAGAAGCAUUGGCGUUUUCCUGGACUAUGAGAUGGGUGAGAUCUCAUUUUAUAACAUGACUGACAAAUCUCAUAUCUAUACUUUCACUGACACUUUUAAUAGACCUCUUAGGCCUUAUUUCCACAUAGGGCCUGAUUCAAAACCUCUCAGAAUCUGUACAGGAACAGAUGAUGAAUGAAAACUCCCUGACAGGUUGUACCAGUUUAAUAGCUGUUGGUUUGUUUUUUAAAUGGAAGGUGGGUAGGCUAUUGGGUGAAUAUGACAGUAACUUGAAUCCCCUCUUCACAGUUUCACCCCUCGAGAAGAAAGUUUCAUUUUGUUUUGACAACAUAGUACAGGUAGCAUCAAGGCCCUCCAAGAUCUAUCUGACAGUCCACCCUCCUCUCGUCCUACUGUUACACUUUGGUUCAUGCUAUACACGGUGCUUGUGGCCUUCUGUAGCUGUCUGCCUUACCCAUGAAUUCUGAAAACCUUACAGCUUCUUUCCUCUCUAGGGUACUCUGACCUGGAGCUCCCAUAGUACCUUGGAUGUAAUGCCAUCAUUUCACUUAGCUCAGAGCCUAGAAAUCCUUGUCCUCUCUCUUAGAACGGAAGCUAUAAACCAAGGUCUGUCUUAUUAAUAUUUGUAUCCCUGCUGCUCGCAUAGUAUUGGCCUGAGGAAUAGAAUGCUUAACCUUUAAAUUGCUUGGGUCAUUCUUCGGUUUUGCUGGUUCUGAUACUUAGUUUCAUUUUCUUUUAUUGUUUGAAAUGUUCCUUGUUGAGUUUAAAAAAAGAGUGUGGGUGGUUAUACAGACAUCAUAUUAGAACCUGAGUAUCCUAACUUUAACUUCUGCCUUUCUCUGUAAACCAAAGUUUAUCCCAUAAACCUUCCUGAUUAUAGGUCCUAAUUGAAUUUAAAAAUAAAUACGAAUUAAUCAUCUGUCAUCAGUGUUUUCCUUUUGAAAAAGAAAAUAGCUGAUGGCAACGUUUAUAGACUGCUGCAGAGCAUAGAGACAGGUUUGCAGAGAAGGAAGUGGUUUGGAGACUUACUAAAAAGGAAGAAAAAAAGAAAAGAAGGGAUUGGGGUUGGGGGGGAGUCAGGAAAAUUGGAUACAGUCUGAAUUUUAAAAAUACAAUUUUGGCUUUAGUUUAUGAAUCUGGUCAUCUUGGGGAUUCAGUGGUGUUGUCUGCAGAUGAAACACCAUCCCCUUUCUCUUAGAAAACUCUUCGAUACCCCAUCCAGGCUGUGUCUAAAAGAAAUGGGUUUGCCCUCCAUAAGUAACAGUGGGUGUCAUCAAAUGAACUACAUCUGUUGCCAAAUAGUUGUGUAUAACUUAUGGGGUUUCAAGCCAAAUACCGAUUAUUCAGCUAAAUAAAAAAAAAAUAAUAAUAAUUAGCAGCAUACAUUAUCACAAAUAUCCCCUCCCCUCAUGUUAAACUCUCAAACAGGUCCAAGGCAGCAUAUAAAGGUGCUGAUAGCAAAUUGAUAAAUUAAAGGGGCACACUAGAAAUCUGGAGAAGUAAAGCCAUUUACUCAUAAAAAUGUUUUUUUUUAUCUGGAGAACUAGAUAUGCUUUAAUAUCUGUAUAGAAGUUGAUAUGACAUUUUAUUCCCAUCAUUUUUCAGUAGAAUCCAAGACUUAAAAAAAAAAAGGUGUCCUUUUUAGACAAAGAAAAUUUUUUUUUUUUAUAGCUGAGCCAUCCUGCCACCUGU